CCAAGACAAGUCGCAAUCUCAAGAUGGCAGACGAAAGCGUGUUCCAUACUUCCAUUCGCACACUUAUCGGCGAUUGGCAGGGCCUUCAGAUGGCAAUCGAGCAUGGCAUGGGAGGACCGCAAGCAAGAGAGAAAGAACAGUGGCUCGUUGACACCCUGGAGCAACACUUCGCGGAAAACUCCGGACUACACCAAGAUGACGUCGAAGAUUUUAUAGCAGCCAUCUUAGACAACGAAUUUGACACCAUAGUUGAGGAUGGGAGCCUAGCACAGUUAUCUGCACUUCUCUGCAAGCACUAUGAGAUGUGCCGGGAUGGUAGGGAACGAGAAGUAUUGGAAUCAUUGUCACAAAGGCUACCACAAACACGCACCUUAGCUAUUCCAAUGCCUGGUUAUCACGAUAGUGACGACGAGGCGGAAAUGAUGGAACACAUUAAUUCGACAGUGAGCACACAAAUGAACGGUCUUCACCUGAAUGGCGACAGCUCAAGUACACCUCACAGAAGGGAUGAACCAGAUGAAGAUGGAUGGACUGUUGUGAAACAUGGCAAGAAAUGAUACUUAGUAAUUAUAAUGUACAGUGACUUAAUAAAUGUAUGAGUAUAAUACUAUA